AUGUCGCUUUUGACGUGGAUGCGGACGUAUGGUCCUUCAACGUGGAACGUCAAUACUAUUGCUGAGGCAGUGGACAUUGUCAACCGCACCAAUAACGCUCUGGAGCGUUUCAACCGGACGUUGAACGAGUCGUUUACGACUUCUCACCCAAGCUUGUUGACAUUUGUUGACGUGAUCAAGACCAAGUCUCAAAACUAUGUCGACCUCAUCGAAGACAUUCGCCAUCAACGCCAGCAGCCACCUGACCAUGCCAACUUGGCACGCGUCGAAGUGCCUGACGACUACCUGCGCUUCGAACCGGAACCCACGCAGGAGUAG